UUUUCACUCGAGUGUCUCGCUGCAAUGGAGUUCAGCUGGUCGUUAAAUGUGCCACGAAGAAAGUUGAGAACACCUCUUGCAGUGUGAGGUGUCGCCCCAUCCUGCAUAAGCCAUUGUGUGUUCAUGUCUACACCCUUUGUCCAUAAGGUGCACAAGUGUGGAAUUUUAUAGCCACCUGGCAGCCUAGAUUGAAACUUUGUGAUUACUUUCUUCUGAGAGUUUGGAAAAAAUCAAGAUUUUGCAGAUCGUCCGCAAAACACUGCUGAACUUCGGCAUGAUGGUGAUCUGGACACCUUUCACCAGGAGCUGGGCUUGGUGGGCGGUGAGCUGCGUCCUGGUGUGGGUGGCCGUCGUUACCGCCAGCACCACACCUACAAGUGCCGGAUCGUGCCAAGACCGUCGGGAAGAAUGUCAACACUGGGCACAACUGGGCGAGUGUGACAACAACCCGGACUUCAUGGCCCCUCAUUGCCCCCGAAGCUGCAACAACUGUCCCGCAGACCCGACAUGCAUGGAUAUGAACGACCAGUGUGUAGCAUGGAGCAGGCGUGGGCAGUGUGAGAGCAACCCAAGCUACAUGCUGCAUCACUGUCCCAACGUCUGCAACGCCUGUAGAAGAGGUUCAUCAGCGUCCCCUAGGAUGUUUUGGUCCGUACUACCUGCUAUUAAGAACGCUCUCAUUAAUUAUGGACAAGCGGGAUCUUCACCUGAACAUGAAAUCGGUGGAUCAUUAUGCAGCAUCUUUCAUGAACCUGUGAGUUGGGAUGAUAGUGAGAGGUGGAGACUGGAGUCGACUCCAUCUUUUGAUUCAAGGAUACAUAAAGUGAGAAGACUGGGGAGAGGACUGGCUUACACUACACAAAGAGAGGUCACAGGAGGAGGCGGCACUGGAGAACCGAGUCAUGGAGGACACGAAGGAUCGAGUCAAGAGACCAACAGACUGUACCAUCGGCGCACCAAGAGAACGAUCAAUAAACAUUCCAGCGGCGGCAGAAUACAGAAUCAGAGACGCAGCCACUCCUCCAGGUCUGGUGGACAGAACUGCAACUUUAUCAAGAAGAUGUUUGGCAAAUGUGGGCGUCAGACCAGCCGCAGGAGGAAAGGGCGUAGUGGAGGGCGGCGGAUGGCGGGCCACUCUCAAAGACGGCACAGAAAUCGUCAAAGAACACCCUCCUAUGGCCGUCAGAUGAUGACCCAGGGUCAUGGCAAGUUUAAAAAAAUUCAACAGAUGAUGUCGUUGUUUCAGCAACAACCUCAGAAGAGCUUCAGUCGUCAGCAAGCAUCAAGACGACAGAAGUUCAGGCAGCCACAGCGUAGCUACAGCUAUCAGACAAUGUCUAGGCAAUCAAAAAUGCACAAUCAAUAUCAAAUAUCUAGAAGACCACAGACUCACCAUCGCCGCCAGAGUUAUGGUGAUCAACGUAGAUCCAGUCAGAAGCAGGGUGGUUUCCUCAGCUUGUUGAAAACAAAUAUGAAGUCUUGGUGAGAACUGACGACAUAUGUUUCCUUAAAAAGUGUUGAUAUUAAUUAUUAAAGUGACAAUCCAGAUAUUUGCUCUAACUUGAAAACGUAACACCAUACAGUGUACUAUCAU